UCAUGUGACUGACGUCAGCUGACCAGCAGGCGGAGGGCGGAAGCAGAGGAUGGUGGUGUUACUGAGCAGGCUGCCUGCCACAGAGUGUAUUAAGUUUUGUCACAGGGUGGUGGAUGGCCUGUGUGGCAGGGAGCCCCCCCGCAGGUCAGAGCACAGCACCACCUGGAGCCCGGAGGAGUGGCUGCAGCUGCUGGACUCCCUGAGCGCCUUCUACCGCCGGGCAGUGGGCAGCGACAGCUCUGAGGAGGAGGUGCUGGGGGGGCUGGCAGAUGUUGGCAGCAGCCAUGCUGAGGCGGUGCUGAGCGUGCUGAGGGCCAGACGGGAGGAGAUCCACCACGCUCUGCUGGACAGAACCAACUCCAUCUCCUCUGCCACGCUGCAGGACUUCGACUGGCAACUCAAGCUGUCCCUCUCCAGUGAUAAGAUCUCGUCCCUGCACACCCCUCUGCUCAGCCUCAGUCUGGAUGUGAGGGAGGACGCAGCCCUGCGCUCCGUCACCAUGGAGAUGAACCGAGAGGAGUUAAACACACUCAUCAGUUCCCUAGAGGCCGCCAACAAGGUGGUGCUGCAGUUGAAAUGAUGGACAGAUUGUGGAGGAAUCGUCCCACUAAAACCCAGGACUACAGGAAGUCCAGCAGGUGUUUGUCAGGGUGUCAUGAAGUGUGAAAUCGACUCUCUGCCAUGCCGUGUGUUGGAGGCACAAUGACAGUCAUAUACAUGAACAUGUUUAUGAGCAGCAGAACUCUCACUAUUUGUUUUUUAAAUGGACUGUUGCAUCAGUGUUGUAUCAGGAACUUAUCAAAGUACAUUUUUAUUUGCCUUUUCAUAAUGGUAAAUCUUAUUCUAGUGUCCAUUCCAUUUUACAAAUAGUAGAAAGAAGAGUGAAAUGUGCUAACAAUAAAUACCCCAUUAACUUUAUACCAUACAUAUAUCACGUAUACUUAUUUGUGAAGUUUGAAUGUUGAGCAUAUUGAAUGAAAUUUGAGAAUAUGGAAUUAAAGCUUGAAUGUAUAGAAUCAAACAUGAGAAUUGUUCAAGCUAUUCGACGUCCACGACACAGGGCCACGUUUUUUUCUGAUUCAUCUGUACAAAUGUUGCUGCAAGAAAUGUAUUAAAUAAAGUAAAGUAAAAUAACCUAAAUAAAAUAUUUAAAAAAUGGA